AUGCCUUCUAAGGGCAAAGUUAGUGAUGGGAAUGGCGUUGCUAAAUCGCAAGAACCUCAGUUCGAUUCAAAUGCUCUACUCCAAUUGACCCAGAAAAUCCAAGAUGGCUUCAGUAAAAAAGCUACAAAGGGCGCGAAAGGUGCGCAACCUUUGCACGAGAAAAAGCCCAAGCUAAAGAAUCAAAAUCGAUCAACCGAACGCGGGGGCUCGAUAGCCAAGUAUGGAGGUGAUAAGCAAACUCGAGAGACACAGAAAAUUGGAGAACAUGCAAAGAAGCCCCAAGGGAAGAAAAGAUUGCGGAACGGGGAAGAGAAGGAGUCGCAGGAUUCGUUGGCUGCAAACAAGCAAAGAGCAAAAGAACAUAAAGGGGACAAAAGAGUGCAUGAUCAAGCUGCUGUAAAGCCAGACCUUCGAGCUUUGGUUGAAGAACUUGGCGGCUCGGAGGACGACUAUAAGCUUGUUGCGAAUGUCGAGUCAGAGUCAGAGCAUGAACUUACAACUUCAGGAGAAGCAGACGGGAAACUUGCAAAUGAUCUCAAGAAGUUCAUGAGCAGCCUUGGUCUCGAGAAAGCAAAGCGAGAAGCCUCAGAGGAAACAGUAGAGACUGACGACUACGACGAAGAGAAUGUUGAAGAAGAUGGUCAGAGGCAGAUCAAUGGUGCUCAUACUCCCACUCAGCCCAUCACAAAGCAAUCCAAGACGACAAUUAAGUCUCCCAGCAACGACCAUGCUAAGCUAAUAUUGCAACCCUUAUCUGAAUGGCAUGCGGCAGGGCUGGCUCCAAUAGAACAGCAAUCGGAAAGUCGGAGCUCAGUGCACAAAGACACAGUAGAACGGCUACAUACUCACGCAAAAUCUUUACUUGAAAAAGAAAACCAAAUGUUUGCAGAUUCACAGCGCUCAGCAUCAUCUUCGCAUCAAUUCUACACGACCAUUAUGGCAACAGGGACGCUUUCAGACAAGAUCAGCGCGCUGACACUAUCAGUGCAAGAGUCACCCGUGCAUAACAUGAAAGCUCUCGAGAAUCUGCUUGGACUCGCACGAAAACGAAGCCGAGCUCAAGCUGUAGAUGUCCUUGUUGCCCUGAAGGAUCUUUUUGGACUAGGAAAUCUACUACCUUCCGAUCGAAAACUGCAUGCUUUUGGAGCCAACCCCUGCUUGCACGCUGUUUUAGCUUCUCAUGAAGUUCAAUGGACAGAUAAGAAGCAACUGCCGCGACCACUGACUGAAGCACAUCUCCUAUUAUGGGCCUUCGAAGACUGGUUGAAAUCUAUGUUUUUCCAAAUGCUUCAGAUUCUCGAAAGUUGGUGCAAUGAUGAGGUAGUCUUCGCACGUAGUAAGUCAGUCGACUGCGUGUACUCUCUUCUCAAAGAGAAGCCGGAACAGGAAGCAAAUCUGCUACGUUUACUGGUGAACAAGCUAGGUGAUUCCGACAAGAAAGUCGCUUCGAAGGCUUCUUUCAACAUCUUGCAGCUUCAGACAACACACCCCUUUAUGAAGCCGAUCAUUAUCGCUGCAAUCGAGUCAGACCUGCUAUUUCGUCCUGGUCAGAGUCUUCAUGCUCGAUACUAUGCAGUUAUCACCCUCAAUCAGACUGUAUUAAGUAAUAAGGAGGAGAAUGUUGCCAAGAAGCUCAUCGACAUCUACUUUGCUCUGUUCAUGAAGCUUUUGAAUGAUCCUCUGGAGCCUGUCUCCAAGGCCAAAGAGGUCAAAGUAGCCAGUAGCGUCAAGAUCAAUAGCAAAGGAGAAGUGCAAGGAGGUGGAGGAGCACCAGGCAAAAAUGCCCUCAAGAAACAAGCCCAAAAUAGCAAGUCCACGGCUGCUGCAGAAGAAUUGCGCGAGAAAAUGCUCUCUGCUGUCCUCACUGGAGUCAACCGCGCCAUUCCCUACACCAAUACGAAUAAUGAUUCAUUCGAGAAACAUGUCGACACUCUCUUCCGAAUCACCCAUUCCUCCAACUUCAACACAAGCAUCCAAGCUCUUCUACUAAUCCAACAACUCCAAGGCGCCACCCAAAGCUUCAGCGACCGAUUCUACCGAACCCUUUACGAAUCCCUUCUCGACCCUCGUCUCCUCACAUCCUCGAAACAAGCUAUGUACCUCAAUCUCCUCUACCGCUCUCUGCGCUCCGACCUAGAUGUCAAACGCAUCAAGGCCUUCGCAAAGCGUCUCCUCCAAGUAAUCUCCAUGCACCAACCUUCCUUUACCUGCGGCGCAAUCUACCUCCUCCGCGAACUCGAGACCGUCUUCCCCAGCCUCUCGAAUUUCGUCUCGCAGCCCGAAGAAAACCUCGAUGACGACGAAGAAGUAUUCCGCGACGUGCCAGACCCCCUCUCUACCACCCAACCACCCAGCAAAGACGCUCUGUUAACCCCCGCAGCACACCAACGCCCCUCCUAUGACGGCCGCAAACGCGACCCUGUCCAUGCCUCUGCCUCCGCCUCCACCUGCUGGGAAUUACACCCCCUCCUUCACCACUUUCACCCCUCCGUCUCCCUUUUCUCCACUCGCCUGCUGACCCCCAGUAUCCCCAUGCCGCCGAAACCGGACUUAGGCGCCAAUACCCUCAUCCAUUUUCUGGAUCGUUUCGUGUACAAAAAUCCAAAAGCCGCCACUAAACAGACGCCUCUGAAAGGCCAAUCGGUAAUGCAGCCAUCAGCUGGCGGUGCUAAAGGCAGUAUUCUCGUUACUUCUUCUAAGGUGGGGGCGGUGAAAGGAGUGGGGCAGAAUUUUACGGACGAAAAGUUCUGGAAAAGCGAGGAGGGAGGGGUUAGGGAGGAUGAAGUCUUUUUUCAUCGCUACUUCUCUACCGUGCAGGCGAAGAAAGAGAGGGCGAAGAACAAGAAAGCAAGAAAGGAGGAAACCAAACGUAGGAGGGAUCGCGCUGAUAGCGAGGGUAGUGCGGAGGAUGACAGUGGUGGGGAGGAGGAGAUAUGGAAAGCUCUUGUCGGAAGCAGGCCGGAGAUCGGUGGCGACGAUGAUGUUGAUGGCGAGGACGACGACGAGAUCAGUGAGUUAGAGGAUUAUGACGAUUCCGAAGGCUCUAUUGGCGAUGCAGGGGUCGAAUUCCAUGACAGCGACGCAGAGGAGAACGUCGACGGGCAGGGUAGUGCAGAUGCCAUGGAUCUCGAUGACAACUCUGAGGGCGCGCUCUUCGAUAGUAAGGAUGAAUUGCCUGACCUACCUUCUGCUAUGCCUUCAGAUGCGGGCGAGAGUAAGGGCAAAGGCAGGAAAAGACGCAAAUGGCUCAAAGACUUGCCUACUUUCGCCAGCGUGGAGGAAUAUGGGGAUAUGCUUGGCGGGGAUGAGGAGGAGGGAUAG